GUCAGUCAGUCAGGUGUGGCCGCGGCGGUGGGGAGGCAUUCCGACCGGAGACAGCGCUGUUCCAGUAGGCUCCACCGAGGCUAAAACUAGCGACUGCCGCGGGGCCUGGAAACAUGAGCCGCCGUCCGAGCACCGAGUCCGCCAGAUGACCGAAGUUCUCUCAUCUUAAAACCCUGAAGAAGAAGAAGUGAGAUCUGUGACUUCACCUGACCGCUGGGGAAAGUGAAGUGAAACAAAGGAACAGAAACAGGAACGCCUCGCUCCGGUUGAUUUAGGACCAGAACCGGCACAAUGCCUCGGUGAUGGAGUAGCUGCGGGUCCAGAGCCGUGGGUCCAGAGCCGUGGGUGCGUCGCUGCUCCGGCGGGACGGGGUUCGGCUGCAGGAGGGCGGCUGUGACAUGCGGCCUGCAUGCUGAACGCUGCGGCGCUGCAGAAACGCCGCGCGCUGCGUCUGGACGACUACAGCAGCAGAUUCACCUGGAAAUGCUCCCCGACCGGAGCUGCUGAAGUAAACACAAACUGCAUGUGCUCCUGGGGGGGUCAGAGGUCACCUCCUCAUAUGAAACUGGUUUUACUGGGAAAGUGGAUUCACGGCCAUUCAGAUGGCAGGAAAAGACUACAAUCAUCUCUUUAAGCUGCUCAUCAUCGGAGACUCCAAUGUGGGGAAGAGCAGCCUGCUGCUGCGCUUCGCAGACAACUCCUUCUCCGGCAGCUACAUCACCACCAUCGGAGUGGACUUUAAGAUCCGGACGGUGGACAUGGAGGGCGAACGCGUCAAGCUGCAGAUCUGGGACACGGCGGGUCAGGAGCGAUUCAGAACCAUCACCUCCACAUACUACAGGAACACGCACGGCGUCAUCAUCGUCUACGACGUGACCAACCCAGAGUCCUUCGUCAACGUCAAGCGCUGGCUGAACGAGAUCUCCGAGAACUGCGACACCGUCUGCAAGAUCCUGGUGGGGAACAAGAACGACGAUCCGGCCAAGAAGAAGGUGGACACCCAGGACGCCGUGCAGUUCGGGGAAUCACUGGGCGUCCCGGUUUUUGAGACAAGUGCCAAAGAAAAUAAAAAUGUAGAAGAGAUGUUCAUGGCGUUUACUCGCAUGGUUCUCCACGCCAAGAAGGAAAGCCGGGACCGUGCCGAGAGGGAGCGCUUCCGCGAGAAAGACACGGUCAACAUCAGCACCCAGAAAGACCGCGGCCACCGCAAGCGAGCCAAGAAGUGCUGCUGAGGCGCGGCGCUGCUGCGGCACGGCGCUGCUGCAGCGCAGAGCGGCCGGCGGUUCACGGUUCAACCUGAGGGAAAAGUCUGCAGCACUGACCAGGAGCUGAGGGAGCAGGCCGCUGUUUCACACUCUCUGCAUGGCUGUUCCACGUUUAGAAAAACUAAAUAUUCCUUCAUAUGCACUCGGAUGUUUCAGGCAAAUCUAAUCCAUUCAUACAUAUUUUAUAAAUUAACACAAUAAGAUGAAAGUUUGUGGUUUUAUGGAUAAAACUGAUACAAAUGAUCAGCUUUCACUUUCCCACCUGAAGCUUUAAAAAUAUCCUACUAAACAUAAAUAUUAAAAUGAUUGAUUUUUCCUCCUGAACAGAACUGUAAUAUCUUGGUGACGUCUGGAAAACCUUCCAGAGUUUCUGCCCAGUUUGGUCUGAUUUCAGCUGAAAGGGUAGAAACACCGGCCUGUUCCUUUAACUUCACUCCUGAACCUGUUACGUUUUUCUGUUUUAAUCCUUCAAAAGGGAACGGUUUGUUACUGAAGUGAUGAGUUUGGUAAUCUGCCUUAUUUCAGUCUGAAUGACUUAACCUCCUGUGAGCUUUUAAUGUCUGCUGCCAUGAAAAUGUUAAAAUAAAGCAAUAAGUCCAAAAGUUCUGUUGACAGUGACUGAGCUGAGACGCUGGUCCAGAAUAAUCCUCUUUAUGUCUAUAAAAAUGUAAACCUGUUCUGCCUGAAAUGUGUAGAAAUGUAUCCGUCUGCUGCUGUUUGUGAUGCUUUGAAUAGAAAAUAAACGUUGAAAGUUUCA